AUCCUUUUGAUGAUAUUUUUAGCUUUAGAAAACGUGUAUUCGAUGAUAGGAAUAUUAGAAGUCCUCAAAAAAGAAUUGGGAAAGUUGAUUAUCAUAUUUCUUGGCUUGAACCUGAUAAACCAGGUAAUCUUUUAGAUUUUAUCAAUGGAAGAUUUGAUAUGAAAUUUGUAGAAGGUUUAGAUUUAGAAAAGGCAAAACUAUAUAUUUAUAAUGAUGAUUUUGGUAAUUUAUAUGAGAAUAAUGGCAAUCAAAAUUUUAGUGUAUACAAUAGAUAUUGGCAAUCGGAAUUACCCAAUUCUAUAGUAAUUUUGAAAAAUCUAGAUUCAUUAAACCAAAAAUUAUGUGAAAAAAUCAUUCAACAAUUUAAUUUAGAAGUGGAAAUUUCUAAAAAAAGAACUACAGAAGAUCCACAAAUAGAAUCUUCUACUAAAAAGAUUUGA